AUGAGUGAAGGACAAGCAGCACCACAGGAUCCACCUAAAUCGGCCAAGGAGCUAGAGAAGGAAAGAAAGAAGGCCGAGAAAAUGGCCAAGUUCCUUGCUAAGCAGGCCAAGCAACAGGAACUCGCAAAGAAUGCCGCCAAAAACCAGGAGAAAAAGAAGAAGGAAACAAAGAAGGAGGCAGAGCCAACUCCUGAGUUUGUAGACAAGACUCUUCCUGGAGAAAAGAAGAUAUUGGUCAGUUUGGAAGACAAGUCGUUUUCUGCUUAUAACCCAAAGGCUGUCGAGUCGUCUUGGUACCAAUGGUGGAUUAAGCAAGGAUAUUUUGAGCCAGAAUUCACCGAGGACGGCGAUAUCAAGCCAGAAGGCUUAUUCUGUAUUCCUGCUCCUCCACCAAACGUCACGGGUGCUCUGCACAUCGGCCAUGCCUUGACUGUUGCCAUCCAGGACUCGCUGAUUAGAUACAAUAGAAUGAAGGGCAAGACCGUGCUAUUUUUGCCAGGUUUCGACCAUGCCGGUAUUGCUACUCAAUCCGUUGUGGAGAAGAACUUGUGGGCCAAAGAAAAGAUAACUAGACACGAUUUGGGCCGUGAAGCCUUUGUGGAGAAAGUGUGGGACUGGAAGGAAAUCUACCAUAAGAAAAUCAAGUCUCAAUUCCAAAUGAUGGGUGCUUCGUACGACUGGACUAGAGAAGCCUUCACUCUCAGUCCAGAGCUUUCGGAGGCAGUUACCGAGACUUUUGUCAGACUGCACGAAGAGGGAACCAUUUACCGUGACUUGAGACUGGUCAACUGGUCUGUUCAGCUCAGCACUGCUUUGUCUAAUUUGGAAGUUGACAACAAGGUUGUUCCUCCUAGAAGCCUGCUCUCUGUGCCAGGUUACGAGAACAAAGUCGAGUUUGGUGUUCUGACGUCUUUUGCUUACCCUGUCGUUGAUUCCGACGAGAAAGUUGUCGUUGCUACCACGCGUCCAGAGACCAUCUUUGGUGACACGGCUGUUGCUGUCCAUCCAAAUGACCCUAGAUACACCCAUUUACACGGGAAGUACGUCCAACAUCCAUUCCUCGACAGAAAGCUGCCGAUAAUUACCGAUGCAGAGGCUGUGGACAUGGAGUUUGGUACUGGUGCUGUGAAAAUCACUCCUGGCCACGAUCUGAACGAUUACAACACAGGUAAAAGAAACAACCUUGAAUUCAUCAACAUCUACACUGAUGACGGCAAGCUGAACUCCAACUGUGGUGAGUGGGAAGGUAUCAAAAGAUUUGAUGCUAGACCACUGGUCAUUGAGAAGUUGAAGGAAAAGGGUCUUUACGUCGGCCAAGAGGACAACGAGAUGACGUUGCCAAUCUGCUCAAGAUCCGGCGAUAUUAUUGAACCUUACCUGAAGCCACAAUGGUGGGUUGCCCAAAAGAAGAUGGCCCAAGCGGCCAUUGACGCUGUCAAGAGUGGAGAAAUCAAGAUUGCUCCGAAGAGCUCCGAGGCAGAAUUCUUCAGAUGGCUAGAAAACAUUCAAGAUUGGUGUAUUUCGAGACAGCUCUGGUGGGGCCACAGAUGUCCAGUCUACUUUGCAAACAUCGAAGGAGAAAACAAUGAUAGAAAUGAUGGAAAAUAUUGGUUCUCUGGCAGAAACGAAACAGAGGCCCGCGAAAAGGCAGAAAAAGCGUUCCCUGGCAAGAACUUCACUCUAGAACAGGAUGAGGACGUUCUAGAUACGUGGUUCUCGUCCGGACUGUGGCCGUUCUCCACAUUGGGCUGGCCUCACAAGACCAAGGACAUGGAGAAGUUCUAUCCGAUGUCCAUGCUAGAGACUGGUUGGGAUAUUCUUUUCUUCUGGGUUUCGAGAAUGAUCAUGCUUGGCAUCAAGAUGACCGGCACCGUUCCUUUCAAAGAGGUGUUCUGCCACUCGCUGGUUCGUGAUGCACAGGGAAGAAAAAUGAGUAAAUCUCUGGGUAAUGUGAUUGACCCGACUGACGUGAUCCACGGUAUCAGCCUAGAAGACUUGCACAAACAGUUGCUAGCUGGUAACCUUGAUUCCAGAGAAAUCGAGAAAGCCAAGGCCGGCCAGAAGGAGUCGUAUCCGAACGGUAUUCCAGAGUGUGGUACUGAUGCUUUGAGAUUUGCUCUUUGUGCCUACACCACUGGUGGACGAGACAUCAACCUGGAUAUUUUGAGAGUUGCAGGAUACCGUAAAUUCUGCAACAAGAUUUUCCAAGCUACCAAGUUCGUGUUGAUGCGACUGGGCGACGACUACACUCCUCCACCUACUGGUGCUCUUAAUGGAGGCGAGGCUCUUGUCGAAAAAUGGAUUUUGCACAAGCUGUCCAAGUGUUCUGAGAAGGUGAACAAGGCUCUUGACGAGAGAGAGUUCUACGAUGCCACACAGGCUAUUUACAACUUCUGGUUGUACGAUCUUUGUGACGUUUACAUCGAGAACUCCAAGUUCUUAAUUUUGGAAGGAACAGACUCUCAGAAGAAAUCUGCUAGAGACACCUUAUACACUUGUAUCGACUCUGCUCUCAGACUUAUCCACCCAUUCAUGCCAUUUGUGACGGAAGAAAUGUGGCAAAGACUUCCUAAGAGAUCAACUGAGAAGAGCGAAACAAUUGUGAAGGCCGCUUACCCAGAAUACGUCGAGGAGUAUGAUAACCAGGAGGCCUACGAAGCUUACGAGUUGGUCUUGGAAAUCACGAAGAACGCCAGAUCGUUACUUUCUCAAUUUAACAUCACAAAGAACGCACAGGUCUUUGUUGAGGCUUCUAAGCCGGAAUAUGCUGCCAUCGCCAGAGAUCAGACCGACUCUAUUGUGUCUUUGAUCAAAGCUGUUGACGGCAUCACUGUCGUGACGGAUGUCAAGGACAUUCCAGACGGAUGUGCUCUUGCAGCUGUUGUUCCGGGAUGUAACGUUCACUUGCUUGUGAAGGGAAUGGUCGACUUGGACAAGGAAAUCGAGAAAGUCGUCAAGAAGUUGAAUAAAGCCAAGGGUGCUUUGAAUAACCUAGAAAAAAUGAUUAAUGCUCCUGACUACGAGAAGAAGGUUUCUAAGGAAGUCCAGGAGAAAAACAAGACGACUCGCUCUAACCAGUUGGCCGAGAUUGAGGGUUUCGAGGCCACCAUCAAGAACCUCGAGAGAUUGAAGCUCUAA